AUGCAUCAGGAUCCAUCGAGCCAGGAAUAUGCAGACGAGGUCGCUCGUCUACGUGCGAGCGAGUCUGACUCCGAUGCUGAACUUUUGGAAAAUCUAGGCUACAAGCCUGUCUUGCAUCGUUCAUACACGCUGUUUCACAACUUCUCGACGACUUUUGCGGCGCUGUACUUUGUCGGUGGUGUUCGUGUGACCUUCUCGACUGGAAUCAGUGCAGGCGGCAAUCUUGCGUACUGGACGUCCUAUAUCGUAACCUGCGUCUUUACGUUCAUCACCGCGGCAGUCAUCGCCGAAAUAUGCUCAUCUCUACCUCUUGCUGGGUCGAUCUACCUCUGGGCUGCAGAGGCAGGAGGACCUAGAUUCGGCCGCUUCUUCGGCUUCAUCGUCGCAUGGUGGAGUACCACCGCCUGGACUACCUUCUGUGCUUCGAACACACAGGGCGCCGUCAAUUAUCUCUUGGCUGAAAUCGUAGUGUUCAAUGUUGACUACCCAUCAGACUCGGAUCACAUCAAGUACCGCGCAGUUCAAUGGGCGGUCACCGAAUUCAUGCUGGCAGUGGCUUGCAUUGUAAAUCUGCUUCCUCCCAAAUACUUCCGCUGGAUCUUCUACGCAUCUUCUGGUAUGGUAUUGCUGGACUUCGUGCUCAACAUGAUCUGGCUGCCCAUCGGAGUGGCUCAAACUUAUGGUUUCCGUACUGCUCGUGAAGCCUUCAUGACCACGUACAAUGGUACUGGAGCACCUGCUGGCUGGAACUGGUGUUUGUCUUACUUGGCUACUGCUGGUAUCUUGAUCGGGUUCGAUGCUAGUGGUCACGUGGCCGAGGAAACAAAGAACGCUAGUGUCACUGCUGCCAGGGGUAUCUUCUGGAGUACCGUAGUCAGUGGCAUUGGUGGUUUCGUCAUCGUUAUCCUGUUCCUUUUCUGCGUGCCUGAUGCAGAUACCUUCUUCCAGUUUGGUUCUGAGCAGCCAUUUGUACCUCUCUAUGCCGUGGUUCUCGGUCAGGGCGGGCAUGUGGUCAUGAACAUCGUCUGCAUUGUAGCUCUUUGGUUCAAUACUGCGAUCGCUGUCCUCGCUGCAUCAAGACUGGUAUUCGCUGUCGCAAGAGAUGGCGUUCUUCCUUUCUCCGGUUGGGUCUCCCAAGUCUCGAAUGGCCAGCCCAAGAACGCCGUCAUUGUCGUCUGGGUCGUUUCAGCCAUCAUCAGCUGCACGAUCCUUCCGUCUAGUACUGCAUUCACCAGCCUGGUUUCAGCCGCUGGGGUUCCUUCCGCUGCAGCAUACGGUCUGAUUUGUCUCUCGAGACUUGUUCUUACGCCCAAGACGUUUCCCAAACCCAGGUGGAGUCUCGGAAAGCUUAGCAAGCCAUUCCAAUUCAUCGCUAUCUUCUGGAAUGGCUGGGUUGUUGCUGUUCUGUUCUCACCGUAUGCUUUCCCCGUCACUGCUGGCAACUUGAAUUAUGCUCCAGUGAUUAUGGGAAUUGUCACGCUAUUCGCCAUUGUGUCGUACUUUAUCAUUCCUGCAGAAAGAUGGCUGCCGUCUCACAGGAUCCAGCAAACGCUUGAGGCAGAGGGACCCAAGUCUCUUCGUGUUGAAACCAUUGCUCAUGACUAG